AUGGCGCUCAUGACCACCUCUAUACUCUUCAACAUAGCCACAGCACCGGCAACGGCCAUCCAAACGGCGUCCGCUGCGUUUGCCUCUCCCACAGCCUUGGCAGUCACCUCGGCGACCAUGUCUGACGAUGAGAGUAGCGGCGAAUGCAAGUUGCUUGGCCCUUUUGCGAUAUUGGUUCAAGGGGCGCUGGGAGUCCUAGCAUUAUCCUCCUUGGUAUACAAGAGGUGGAGGGAGAGACCGCAGCGGCCUCUGAAGGUAUGGUCCUUCGACGUGUCGAAGCAGGUGGUGGGAUCGAUGUUACUGCACCUGGCCAAUCUCGUCAUGUCGCUGUUAUCCUCUGGUCAAAUAGAACAGAGCCUGGCAAAGGCGGCGGCCACGACAAUUGGAGCUGUGGCGACGGAGGGAUAUCAGCCAAACCCGUGUUCUUUCUACCUGCUGAACUUGGGCAUCGACACGACCAUCGGCAUUCCCAUCCUUAUCAUCAUCUUGAAACUGCUCACCAUCGGUGCAAGCUACACUUGCCUAGCCAAUCCUCCCGAAUCCAUCAUGUCCGGGCAUUACGGCAGACCACCCAAGGCUACCUGGUGGCUCAAGCAAUGCUUGGUCUACUUUCUGGGUCUUCUGGGUAUGAAGACCUGUGUGUUCAUCAUCUUCCAACUCUGUCCGUGGCUGGAGCGUGUGGGUGAUUGGGCGCUUCGCUGGACAGAAGGCAACGAGGCUGUUCAGAUAGCCUUUGUCAUGCUGAUCUUUCCGUUGCUCAUGAACGCUGUGCAGUACUAUAUCAUCGACACAUUCAUCAAAGAGAAAGCCUCAGAAGACGACGACGAGCAGGACCGCGACCACGAAGCAGACGAAGAACAGCACGGUUUACUGGCAGAAGACGAAGAAGGCCAUGGCGAGUCCAUUGACGAGGAUCGGAUCUGCAAAGGUGAUGUUCCAGUCACUCAGACUGAGUACAGCGCAGCGAGCGCAUCUUAUGAUCCGGACAAAGAUGGCGACGUGGACACGGAGACGAACAGGCGGCACAGCGAAACCAACAGUCUUGCCAGUCACGCGGAGGAGGAAGCGGUGGAACAUCCGCCCCGGAUCUGA